AUGUCUCCCUACGCCACCCUCAACGUACCGACUGACGCAGAUAUAAAAAGAAUCAAGAAGGCCUACCGCGAGCUAUGCUUACAAUACCAUCCGGAUAGAAUCUCAGAUCCCGCUCAACGGGAAGUCGGACAGGAGAAGUUCAAGGAGAUCCAAAACGCUUACGAGACCCUGAGCGAUGUACCCAAGCGUGCCGAUUUGGAC